AUGGCGUGUGCUUAUCGCCGGGCGGAGCGGGGCAACCAAGACGUGCAGUGGACAAGCAAAACCUCGGGUGUGUCUCAAGUAGGUCGUUCCUAGCCGUGUGAAAACCCUGACCAACCCCUCCGACCCGCCCUAUCCUAUCCUUACCAUAUCCCAUUUUACAGCAACACUUGCACAGCUUAUCAGAACAAGUUCGCGGACUGUCGGAAUCAACAUACGCGAUGGUCCAGGAGCUGUUACGGCGGUGAUCCGCUGUCACAACAAUGCGUGCGGGCUCCCGAGCGCAUGUUCAAGUUCGGAAGGUGA